UAUACUCAUGCUUGGAUACUUUGCCGGAUUUCCCUAGGACACAAAUUGGUUUUAUGACCUUUAACAGCAGAAUACACUUCUACAAUAUGAAGUCAUCCUUGAUGCAACGUCAAAUGUUGGUGGUCUUAGACUUAGAUAACACGUUUGUUCUAUUACCGUAUGAUCUCCUUGCCAACUUGUUUGAAUCAAGAACUGUGGUGGAUGCUUUCUUAGAUGGCUUGCCGUCAAUGUUUGAGAAUACUCCACAAGCGGAAUCUGCUUUUCGUCCAGCAGUCAAGGUACUCUAUCAAAAUAUACUGCUGGACAGGUAUAUAAUUAUCGGAAUUUCCAGUCUGCUUGUCAGAGAGAGAAAUUCAGGCAUUAACUAA